AUAAAACCCCGCCCCUGGUCGCCGCGGGAGCGCCUUCGCCCAAAUCCUUCGCCCCGCGAGCGGCGUCGUCGUGAGCUCGCAUACGAGCUUCGGCUUCGCCCUUUAAUGGCGAACGCGACGAGCUCGAGGGGUCGAUCGGCUUCUUUGCGCCUGGAGAAUCCCUUCUCCCUUAAGGUCGGCCAUGUUUUUACCGGGUUCGGCGUCGGAUGCGGCGUCGGCAUCGGCGUCGGGCGCCCGAUCUAUUUCGGAGCAAUACCUAUGCUACAGCAAGUUUUGAGUGCCACAAGAGGUGCAACAGAUGCUUUUUCUGGGAUUGGAAGACAUGUUAAUGGCUCUCUAAGAAAGUUGGGACUGAAGAACAUUGAAGCUGGUGUUGGAUGUGGGAUUGGCAUCGGCCAUGGUUUUGGAGUAGGAAUUGCUUUGAAACCUGGAGUGAUUCAUGGGUUGCAAUCUUCUCUCACAGAAGCCAUGGGUAAAGUAAUGAUGAAUCUGGGAAAUGUGCCUGGCUUCUCUUCUGCACUGACCCAAAUUUCAGCUUCCAUGUCGAACGGUAUAAGUCCACUUGGUGUUGGCGGGCCUUCUAUUAAUAGUAUGCAAUCCUCAAGCAGUCCCAUUGUGGAAUCGGAAUCUAAAACUGCAAGAAGCACCGUUGAGAACAAAUCAAGUCUUCAGGGUUCCCUUCAAGAACCAACUUCUAAAAAUUAUGAGCAAAAAGGGAUUACAUCAGAGAAGCCCAUUGGAACUCGCACUGAGAAAGUUAUUGACAAUUUUUUGCAGAAUCCCCUUUUCCAAACUGAUUCGGAGAAAGAACUCAGUGAUGUGGGUGGAAAUGUACGAGCCAUGAAUAAUGUGCUUCAAAUGUUAUUGAAACAUCAACAAGUCAUUGAGGAACUGAUGGAGGAGAAUCAGAAGCUGCACAGGGUUCUCAUUGAAGACCUUAAAAUUCCACCUAGUAAACUUAGAACAAUCCAGGAGAGCAAAAAUAGGGCUUAUUACCCGUGUUCUGAAUGUUUUGAAUGUCGGAGGAGGAAUAGAAAAGCAGCAAGAUGACUCGGGCCUAAUUGUACUCCAUCUCAAUGGUGACAUCUUAUCAAUUUUCCAGUUUUAUUGUACUGAUCUAUGGCAAGAUGAUGGUCCAAAGAGUUAUACUCGAUGUAUGGUUCAAAGAGUUAUCUCCGCAAGGUGGCAAAUCAAUUUUGGAGAAGAGCUAGUCUCUUAUUUGCGUGUGGGAGAUCCCUUACAAAGCCUGGAGCAAAGCUUUCUAAGCUUUUCCAAGUUUUUAGAUAAAGCAGUGCUGCCUCUGACGGAAGAACAUCUGCUGAUAUGCUUUGCACCUUUGGCAACCAGAUGUUUAUGAUUCCACUAUUACAAGAUUAAAUUUUCAAUUAUUGUUUUGUGUCUUCUUUUUUUUUCCCUUUGUUUUUUCUUAGACAUUUUAUGCAUGUAACUAUUCUCAGCUUGGGUGGCGUACGUGAUAAUUUCAAGGGUGGCGUACAUGAUAAUUUUGAAACUCUCUACUUGCAUUCCUAAUACUUUGCUUAUAGUUUUCUUUUGUAUCAUUAGCAAUUGCGGUUUGUGAUGUGAAAAUGUAAUAAACAUGCUACCCAGGCUAUGGGAUACUUUAAAAUGGAUACUUAAACUCGUGUACUUUUGAUUUCAA